GCAGUUGUGCAGGAAAAAAAAAAAAGCUGAAAUGGGUGAGUCGCUGCUUAGAGCCAUUGUAUCAAAGUGUUCGAACAGUAAUUCGCGGGCUUGAAUAACGCCGUUUAAGACCGUCGGCACGUUUCUCCUGCAGAGUCACAGUGGUUGCAAGAGCACGGCUUUUCCCGACCGCUCGCUGUUGGUUUUAAAGCUAACGUUAGCAGGCAAAUGUUAGCUAGCGGAGCCAGGCCCAGCACAGAGCCGCAUAUCAGAGUUGACUACAUUGUUUUUGCCAGCGACGCCAGUUAAACAGCUAGCUAAUGGGGCAAAUGUAAUUGGUGCCAGUUCACUCAUUGCUCUGACAAAUAACAGCAACACAACUCGCACAAUUAAUCCAGUCCGUUAGAAGUUUGGACUGUAUUUUAGUCUCAUAGUUAGCAUAGCCUGGGAACGUUGGCCAACGUUAGCUAACUGAAUUAAAGCUAGAUAACUGCAUUAAAAUAAUGACUUCCAGGAGGACAGGCUAUGCUGGCAGCAUGGAUUCCUCUCCCUCUAAUAGCAGCAACAGCUCAGUCCACAGUGGAAAUCGUAAGCAAAGUAUAAUCAACAUUCCCGAAAGGACCGGGGUCGAGUCCUGUUAUGAUCGGAAAGCGGACAAGGCUGGAUACGGAGCUUCGCAGGGCAGCGUGACCGUAACGUCGCUGAAAUCCCGUCUCGCCCCGACCAUUCAAAGUGCCAUGUCCGCUGCAGUCGACACUCUGCUGGGCGAAGUGGUGCUUGUGCUCAAUGAGACUCAACAAGAGUUGCUACAUAAGGAACAAGAGAAUGAAAGACUCAAAGUGCGUCUGGAAGUGUCCGAGCGGGAGUUGAAGACUUUACAGGAGUGUCUGUGUAGUGCUCAGAAGCUCAUAGACCAGCUUCAGAUCUCAUACACGGGCUCUCAGUCAAUAAGUCAGUCCGUUUUCGCCCCAUCGCUGUCUUCCAUGGCGUCGAUGACUUCAGGCUUGGACCGGGACCACCAGAACGCCCGGAAUGUAAAUGGGGCCGGUGUUGACAUGGGUCUCGGUGGCUCUGUGGAUGAUUCGCUUCAUGGGUUUGAGCCCAGAGAUGAUUACAAAAUGUGCCAGCUUUCAAUCCAACCAGAUGGCUCUGUGACUAACCAUGCUCUGGAAUCCUUUGCUUCCAACGCAUCUCAUAUGUGCUCAGAUUCCAGCAGACCAGAUGAAAGGCAAUCCCAGGGACCAGGUGGAGCAUCCAGGUUUGAGAUUAAACAAGAACAGGGACCCAAUUCAGGCUCUGGCCAGACCAGCAGGAAGGAGCCUGGGAUGCGUGAUGACAACCGAGUCGAUGAUGGCGACCUUGGCUACGUAGAAGUUGGAGGGGAGGGAGGUUCCCAGCGUUCCUUUACUCACCCCCUGCGUCACCAAAGACCUGUGCGAGAAUGCGGUGGUGCGUUGCAACAGGGCGGACUUGAAGAACAGAAACAGUUGGCUAGGACUGCUGUAGGCGGGAGAAUAGACAGUGCUUCACCGGGCAGAGCAGAGGACUCUGCAGGACCUUCGGUCUCUGAUACAGUAGGGGAGCCCUCUGGAGAUCGGCCUCACCACUGCUUGGAGUGUGGAAAGACCUUCCGUCUGAUCUCCAGCUUGAAGAAGCACAUCCGCAUCCACACUGGAGAGAAGCCCUAUCCGUGUGGAGUCUGUGGUCGUCGCUUCCGCGAGUCCGGCGCGCUCAAAACCCACCUGCGCAUACACACGGGGGAGAAGCCAUACUCUUGCUCGGAGUGUGGUAACUGCUUCCGCCACCUGGACGGUUUGCGCAAACACAGGCGCACACACACCGGAGAGAAACCGUACGUGUGUGCCAUCUGUGGGAAGCGCCUGAGCCGCCUGCAGCACCUCAAACACCACCAGCUCAUCCACACCGGAGAGAGGCCGUGCUGCUGCCCCUUCUGCAACCGCAGCUUCAAGGAGCCCGCGGCGCUGCGGAAACACAUCCGCACGCACCGGGAGGAAGGCGGUCACAUGGGGAUUGGUGCCAGUGAUGACACGGACCCAGACGCCAUGGAUGACAUUAACAACCUCCACCCAGCAGCUCCAUCCCCUCAGAUGAGGUUUGGGGAGUGGGGAGCAGAGGAGGAUGACAGCUCGGUUGUGGACUGUGUGUAGGGCAUGAUUAAAGGAGUAACUGUCUGUUGGUAUUCACACCACAAAACCUCCUCCGGAAAAAAAAAAUGUGGAAAACGUGUUUGUGUAGUUUCCAAACGCGAUGGAUAAGGUCAUCUCUGUUCCAGGCAGUUGAAGUGAAGAGAGGGGCUAUAUAUAACCCUAGCAUUGGAGCUGUGCUUAUGUCAUUCUUUACACUCUUAGAUGUAAAAAUAAUGUUUAAAAUAUUUGCUGUACAAGUAUUUUUUCCUGCACAUUCAUCAAGCAGCAGCAAUAGCGUAGAGGUUGUUCUUGGCACAGGGAGUUUGCUAGCUUCCUGGCAAUAAUUUGACAAAAAAAAAAGUGGACAAAAGCUGUUUCCUCACUUUAAAUAUAUAAGUGCCUUGAAUACAGGGUCUGAAAUCAUUUUUUUUUUUUCCUUUCUGCCAAAGUGGCGGAUGGCCUGACGAUUUCACAUGCCACUGCCAACAAUAUACCUGGCCAAAUACCUGGUGAUAGUUUCAGACGCUGUAUGAACACUCACUCAACCUUCAGCUGAGUCGCUAGUGCUGCUGCUGUUCAAGAUAGUUUCCACCUGGAUUUUAAUCAAGACAAACUAUUUAUUGUGACUCUGGGCGAUAAUCUUUUUUAAAAUAGGUUUACACAUUAGAGAGAUUGGAUUAGCUGUUGAAUUAUAUUCAGCUACUAAUUAAACAUGCUUUCACCAACACACUGAGCUACUCAAAUGGAUAGAAAUGGAUCCAUAGGGCUGGCUCAUGCUUUAUGUGUGGACAGACUUGCAGGAGUCCAUACUAUGUGCAUUGUGUAGUUGGGCAUUAGAAACUGAACCUAAUGUAGGGCAGUCCUAAAAUAAAUAAUGUAUCUGUCAUUUGGUUUCUUCACCUAAUCGAUUUUAGUUGAGAAAAAUUUGUGAAAAUGACGUUUUUUAAUAAUUGUCCAAGUGGAUGCACUCGCAUUGAACAAAUCUUGUGUUUUAUGAAGGACCAAAGCACAUUUGUGAAUAUAAUUGUAAUGCCACAGAUGUCACCACUAUUUCUAAAUAAUAAUUAAUGACCACAAAAAUACCAUACUAGUGGAGUCGCAGUCUAGCCCAAUGAUGCAUUUACAUUUACACUGUUGUAUGUCCUCAUGAAGCAUGAACCAGUUUCACACUUCAAAGAUCGACAGCGUCAAGCAGAAGCUAUCUGUGUCAAGAAUGUCUAAAUUUGAAGAGAUCCAUAUUAUUUGUUAAGUCAUUUGAAGAGAGCACAGUCUGUUGGCAUCAGCAUGGACUCAGAUCAACAGUUUACUGUUUCUGUGUUAUCUCUCUCUCUCUCUCUCUUAUGGACCAUAUUUUAGCAUUCCGUUUUUUUUUUGUUUAAGAUGCUGCUACUGUGUGUCUAGAAAGCCUUUUCUUUUCUGGACUUGUAUAUUGUUACCAGAUCGUGACUGGCAAUUACCAGCGGACAGAUUUUGGUGCUCGCAUGUGCAUAUCUGCUCCUCCGCUGGCAUGAAUGCCUCCUGGUCGUUUCUGUACAUAGGUUUGUAGUUUUAGCCAUUUUAUCUGGAUUAAUGAGGGUUAACAUUUGUGGAAAAGUCAGUGUGCAACAACAAUAAAAAAAAAA